AUGUUUAGCAAUAUAUUUCAUACCAAAGGUAUAGCAACUUCAAAUCCCAAAGGAGGAUUUUCGGCUGAACUCCCAAGUGUUUCCAAGUUCUCAACUCCUACUUCUAAUUUCAAUAAUGAAAAUAUGUCUGACUCGUUUAUGGUGCGUCCUACAACUGCAUUUAUGAAAGUAUUUGAUAAAUUCUCAGCAAUAUCUGGGUUUGGUAACACUUCGGGCAAUAAUGUCGACAACAUCAAUAGCUUUACAAGUGGAGCCAACAAAGACAAAAAACAGAAUAAUAUUCUGGCGGCACAAUUACAAAGUAAGAUAGGUAAGAUCUCAAGACUCGAAAAUAGACUUAUGUCGUUACAGGAUAGUCUCACCAACGACUUGAUUGAUUGGGGUUCAGGAAUUCCUAAUCCUGAUAGUGAGCGUAUGGUAAAAAACUUUAGCAUGUUAUUAGCUGCUCAAAAAGAUUCAAGUGUACUAAUAAUUGAAAAGUUAGACAAGCUAAAGUUGAAUUUGGCAUUUGUGAACGAACGAGAGAAGAAGCAAAAUGACCUACUUGCUGCGAAAACAAAAAUAUUAAAGCAAUUGCGCUACAGCGAAGUGAAAUAUGGUCCAAAUGCGUCCUCAACAACACUCUUAAAAGAAAAAUUGGAAGAAAACGUUUGUAAUUUAGGUGUGGUUGAAAUACAGUACAUAAGAGCUAUAACGAAAAAUUUAAAAGAUGCAUUAAUUGAUUAUUUAUAUGCUUUACAGUCUGUUUCGGCUAAUAUAAGCGAUGCUACUAAUGAUUAUUACGAAAUUCUAUUAUCUUUGGAAUCGGGCCAAGAUUUAGCACGUAAUUCCCCUAGAAAAAUUGGCAACGGAAUGAGUGGUUUGAAUAGGAAGGAUCUUAAUUUCAAUACCUCCAAUUCGUAUGGGCUUCUGAGUAAAUCCGCUAAUGAGGUCGACUACAACCUGCCUAAAAAUAGUGGUUUCCAGGAAAGAAAUAGUCCUAUAAGAAUGACUUCACAAGUUGCUGAUGAUUACCAGAAUUAUUCCAAUUGCGUUGAAUGUCAGAAAAAUAACAAGUAUCACCACAGGCUUAUCACGCCAUGUACACAUAACGGUUCUAACAUUGACCCCAGAACUUCCAAAUCCAUACAUAUGUCGCCUACUCGAAUUUCCCAAGAUAACAUUAGUGUACAAGGAUUUGAAAUAAAAGACGGCUACCUGCCUAGUGAACACUGGAAUUGA